UUCCAGCAACAAUUGCUAGGUUCAAAAUGGCUGACAAUGAAGGGAUCCUCGCUGCACAAUUCCGUACCGUUACUGGUUGCACGAAUGCGGUAGAGGCGUCCCAGUAUUUGGAAAUGUGUAAUGGUAAUUUGGAAUUGGCCGUAAAUUUGUACUUUCAACAGCUUCAACCAUCCUCAUCAAUGGCGAUAAACGGUGAUGAGUCACCAGAUGUCAUUUGCGUCAGCAAGGGUGCAGGGCGGCGUAAUGCUGUUGUAUCAAAUCAUACCAUGUGUGAAGCGACAAACUCUCGAGUUAGCCGUUCUAAUAAUGAUGUAUCGACAAAAUGGAAGAGAUGGUGCUUCAGUAUUUGAUACGGCUCGUGAUUUUCGUGCUGAAGCAGGGGAAAGAAUGGCUAUGCUACAAAAUAGGCACACUAUAUUGGAUGCGACGGUUGCCAAGCGUGUAACCCUUCAAAAUCUUUUUCGCCCUCCGAUAGAUAUUAUGUUCAAUGGUGAUUGGGAUGCUGUUCGGGCUGAAGCUCAACUGCAUGGACAUUGGCUGCUUGUUAAUAUACAAGAUGAUCUGGAAUUCGCUUGCCAAACUCUUAAUCGUGAUGUGUGGUCUAAUUCAUCCGUAAAAGAACUGCUUCGAUCAAAUUUCGUCUUUUGGCAGGUGCAUAAAGACUCAGCUGAUGGGAAUAGAGUGAGUAAUUAUUAUCGAAUAUCUACUUAUCCAGCUGUUUUCAUAGUUGAUCCACGUACAGGAGAACAGUUAAUUACAAUUGGGGCCAAAGAUACGAUGUCUUUCUGUGAUCAAAUUACAACAUUUUUGGAUGCUUGUCCAGAUUUCGACACAAGAGACAAACAACUAAAAAUAGCGCCUACAUCGAGCAAUUUCGGACGGUUGAUGUCGAAGGAGGAUUGUGGACAUAAUCAGUAUAUGGAUGACUCGCCAACCACAAAUCGAAAGCGUGCGCAUUUUUUACAGCAAGACGAAAUAAUGGAUGAUGAUUGCAGUAAUUCAAAAAAGCCUCGUGAGGGCAAUGAUUGGCCAGAUAUUGAUGGCAUCAUAGAUAGCGGUAGCAAAUUAACAACAAUUGAUCGAGAUGAAUGGAUGAAAUGUAUCGGUGAUCCAGAUGGUCAUGGAUGUCGUCUUCUGCUUUCUCUACGCCUGCCGGAUGGUAAUCGUCAGAUGAUGGAAGUGGAAGACACAACUACUCUCAAGGCCAUAUUUGUGCUUAUUGCUGGUCUUGGGUUUUACCCAACAGAUCAUCAACUUGUCCUCGAUUAUCCGAAACGAAUAUACACCGAUCAGGAUCACUAUCGUACGCUUCGUGAACUCAAUUUCAGCAAAAGAGAGCUUAUUCAUGUGGAAAGGCAGUGAAGAUUCAUUUCAUAUUAGAGGAGCGAUAAUUCUGAUUCAUUUUUCUUUUCUUCCGUUGAACUAGGGAGUAGAA